CAGAGCGUCGCGGAGGGAGGGGAUAUUUUAAUGGCCGUCAGUAGCACUUCAACAUGGAAAAACUCCGGAUUAUUCAUUAUCUAUAAACUUCUUUAGCUCUGCCUCCGUUUUAAAAUAUUUUAUUUUAUAUCCCCCUGUGCUACAGAGAAGCAUUUGGGUAAGAUAUGUUUUUCUAGUGCUCUUUCUGUUGCAGUGGACGGACUUUACCCGCUUGAUUGGUGCGUGAGUAGCUGAUGAGGCCUAACCGGCUGGCUAGGAGACAAGCAGACGGUUAGCUUGAGUUGAAAGAGAAUAUGUAACAUACAGCAGCCAACAUGACAUCCAGAUUUGGUAAAACCUACAACCGCAAGGGAGGGGAGGCUAAUUCCAAAUUUGAAGAAGUUUUCUCCAACAAAAAGCCCACCCUGACCACCAAAUGGGGGGAGACCACCUACAAGGCUCAUCUGGGUGGCAAAAACACUUUGCUAAACCAGGGCGCACCUGAAGUCUCCAAAAGGCCAAGGCUUGAGGACAGCGACAGUGAAGAUCCAUUUGGGUUUGACAGCGAUGAAGAAACCAAGGCUGUAGCUUCUGGUAAUGCUCCUGACCUGAAAGUACCACAACAGAAUGUACCAAAAACAGUUCCAGCACAGAACAGAGUGACUGCUGCUGUUGUGACAUCUGCACAGAGCUCUGCAAGUAUAACAGCAACAUUUGCAAGUAAGCAAACGUCAGAGAAGGAUGUUAAAAACAACCAGCCAUGGUACAAGAGUGCACUGGCUGGCAACCAAAAACCUGUAUAUGUGACCUACGUCUCAGAGACUGUCCUCAUUGAUAAUGAAAACGUGUCAUUAUGCCAGAUGCCCGUUUCUUCUUUUACUAAUGUAGAUGCCACCAUUUCGGCAAACAUACCAGGAGGAAUACAAAACAUCCAGCCUGCAUGCUCUUAUGAUGGGUCCCUGUCAGAGGAAAUGAAAACUGAGGACCAGGAGCUUUCCACAGAGCCCCCCCCACAACCGGUGGACAACAUUCCCCCUUCCCCGUUCACCUUAAGAGCCUCAAACUGCAAGAAAUACCAACGGCCCCACCGGUCUAAUAAAACGCUAACUGAAUCUGGCGAGAGCUACAAUGAAACACCAGCCGACCCUGUGAAUGCCCAAGAUAAAUCCAACAGUGUCCUUUCUGCUAGUGCUAGCAGCAGUGCUAACACAGCAACCAAGCCUCCAGGCAGAGGGGGUGGAAGGGUGCGGGACUACACGGUUCUGCACCCAUCCUGCUUGUCCGUGUGCAAUGUCACUAUCCAAGACUCAAUAGAGCGCAGCAUCGACGAAUUCGUGGCACAACCUACCCCCGCUGACCUUGGGGAAGCAGGUCAGAUGAAGAAGAAGUCGGACACACAGCCACCUAAACCUACUCGGUUCAGGCCUGCUCAGACAAAGACAAAGAAAACUAAAGCAGAGACAAAGCUGGAAUUCUUUGGGUUUGAGGACAAAGAUGCUGAAGGAGAUGAUGCAAGCUCAGAGGGGCCUAUGGCAGGCAAAAGUAGCUACAAGAUCAAGUAUUUUGGCUUUGAUGAUCUUAGUGAGAGUGACAGUGAUGAGGAGACCUCUCAGGCCAAAGAGAAAAAGGCCAAGAGGGCAGCCGCAGCCUUGGCUGCUCUGAGCUCCAGCGUUGACAGUCCCCAUACCAGUGACUCUCAGGACAGUCAAGCCAGCAGCAAUACAGAUGCUUUUGAGUUCUCUGAUGAUUCCAGUCCUGGUGUCGCUGAGGGACAGAAAGGGCGACCGGGGAAGCAAGGUGACAGAUCCAAGGAUUCAGCCACUGGUCUUAAAAAGAUUUUCAGUGGACCCAAAAAGUCUCCUUCUAAAGCUGUGUACAAUGCUCGACACUGGAACCAGCCUGAACCUGAGGAGGUACCUGUGCCUCCACUAUCUAGAGCUCAGACCUCUCCGGCCAUUUUAUCGAGCAGCACCAAGGACAGCAACUCUCAUAAAGACGAUGGCUUGUUCAAAGCCCCGCCACCCCCACCAAAAGUCAUCAAAAUGGAGACCCUCCCUACACGACCCAACCAGGAGAUAGUCACAGCACUCAAAUGCAGGAAAGAAGACAAAGAGCUGUACACAGUGGUGCAGCAUGUGAAGCACUUCAAUGACGUGGUGGAGUUCGGGGAGAAUCAAGAGUUUACUGACGACUUUGAGUACCUGGAGACGGGACUGAAGAGCAGUCAGCCACUUAACACAAGAUGCCUUAGUAUAAUAAGCCUGGCCACACGAUGUGCCAUGCCGAGUUUCAGGAUGCACCUGCGGGCCAGAGGAAAAGUGGCUCAGGUCUUCAAAAUCCUCAGUGAUGCUCCACAGCAUCCGAACCUUGCUCUGUGCACUGCUGCCCUGAUGUACAUCCUGAGUAGAGAUCGCCUGAACAUGGAUCUGGACCGAGCAUGUCUGGAGCUAAUGAUCAAGCUGCUGGAGUUAGACCAGGACUACUCAGGCCAUGAGGAUCAGCUAACUGCAAAGGAAGUGGCAAAAGUCAAGGAGAAGAUCCGAAAGCUGUGUGAGACCGUGCACAACAAGCAUCUCGACUUGGAAAACAUCACGACGGGUCAUCUUGCCAUGGAGGCGUUAUUAUCUCUGACAUCUAAACGGGCGGGUGAUUGGUUCAAAGAAGAACUGCGGCUAUUGGGAGGCCUGGACCACAUUGUCGAUAAAGUGAAAGAGUGUGUGGAGAACUUGAGCCAAGAAGAUGACAAGGAGAAGCUCGUAGAAUCUCUUUGGGGAGCCGAGAGGUGUCUGAGAGUCCUUGAAAGUGUGACUUUGCAGAACGCAGAAAAUCAGGGAUAUCUGAUUGCCUACAAAGACUCUCAGCUCAUCGUUUCCUCAGCCAGAGCUUUGCGGUACUGCGAAGAUAUGAUCCAGCGGUACAGCAGGGCGCUAAACAACAGCUCUUUGUCAUCAUCGGGUGCAACCCUGCCACACUGUAGCUUCAGCAACGUGGGCAAGGCGGUGGAGGACUGCAUGAGGGCUGUCAUAGGGGUGCUCCUCAACCUCACACAUGAUAAUGAAUGGGGAAGCACGAAGACCGGGGAGCAGGAGCAGCUAAUGAUCACCGCUCUAAACUGUGUCCUGCGAGUCCCACGCUACAUCCCACAGGAGCAGCGAUUUGAAGUGCGAGUUUUGGGUUUGGGGCUUUUAAUUAACCUGGUAGAGUACAGCUCCAGAAACCGUCACAGUUUGGUGGACAUGGAGUACAGUGUGGAUGACGCGGGUCUGGAAGACAGCCUGAUGCAGCCUGCUGAUCCGACACAAUCAGAGACAGCAGCGCAAUCGGCUGAGACUGAGGGAGACCAGGCUGACACGCCGAAGCCUGCAGGAGCUUUAGCUGCCCUGGUGAAGCUCUUCCUUGAGAGAGAGCGUGCUGCCAUCCUGGCUGAGGCAAAGACAGACGACCUCAUCAGCGAGGCUCCUAAGCCGGCCCUGGACAAAAGCGGAGAGUGGCAGGAAACGUCGGGUGAAAUCCAGUGGGUUGCAUCUGAAACAAACGACAGCCAAACUGAAAAGAAAGAGGAAGAGGAUGAAGAAUUGGACCUAAAUAAAGCUCUGCAGCAUGCAGGCAAACAUAUGGAGGACAGCAUCGUUGCCUCCUACACAGCUCUGUUACUAGGCUGCCUCUGUCAGGGUAGCCAGAUAAAUGUGACUACAGUGAGACAGAACCUUCCUAAAGGGGAUUUUUCUAUAAUGACAGAAAUGCUGAAGAAGUUCUUGAGUUUCAUGAACCUCACUUGUGCAAUGGGCACCACAGGACAGAAGUCUAUCUCACGGGUCAUCGACUACCUGGAACACUGUUAACACACGUUGAACCACAACAAACUCAGACUCUUCUGCACAUUUAAAGGGGUCGAGAUAUUCCCUGGGUCCAUUGAUGUCACACUCCCAUGACCUCAUUUGGCUACCCCUUUGAUGCAUACAUGAUGCUUUGUGUGUAAACUCUCUAAAUCAUCUGUUUCGGUCCCUUUCUGGAGCACAGCCUGAACCAAAGCCCUGUUAGCUGAUGGACGUUUAACUUUUUUUUUCCUGUCAUGUCAUGCCCAGAUUCAUUCUUAUUUCUCCGUUGCACAGAUUAUUUCCUAAAUAAUUCUGCAAGAUGCUUAAUAAUAAGUGGACUGACAUUUGAAAUGGACUCGAAGUGGAUCUCCCUAUGCAUCAUCCCAAAAGGUUUGACAACAAUAAGCCGCUGAGGAGGAGUCAUGUUCGCUGUCAGGUUCUGAUUUCUGGCUGCGCAGCUGAAGUGUGAAGCCUUGAAUCAGAUUUUAUGGAUCAUUACAUUUUAAUCUCUGCCUAUCCACGUCCAAGCCAAGGGUGAAAUAAUUGAUCAGCAGGGAAAUCAAUCAUCUUCAUGGACUUCAGAAUGAUGUCUUUAUGAAAACCAGUGUGGAAUGAUUUUGAAUGCAAUUUUCAUUUUUUCCCAUUCAUGCUUACAAUUAGUGUGAAUGUUUAAGGGAGUUUUAAAGCUUGGGUUUUGUUUUUAAUCUGUGCUAUAAAGCAGUUUUAGCUGUUUAACAUGUUUUUAGAUUUUUUUUUUUCUCCUGCAGGACAUUUUUCCUACCCUUCGAUAAAGCGAUCAUGUCAGGAUGUCCUCCGUAUGACUGAGACUGGCAGUAGGGAACUACCUGCUGCCAUUGGGCUUUUAUUUCCUUUCACCCAUAUUUGUUUAUAUUUUAGUUAAUUUAAAUUUUAACUAAUUCAACAGUGGUGUUCCUAUAUCCACAUUAACUCAACUAGAGCACAUAAUUAUUUCAAUGAUGGUUUUCUUUGUUUAAAAUGCAAUGAAAUAAUUUUAAGAAUUGUAUUUAAUUUAAUGUUUUAUCUCCUUGUCUUGAAUGGAUUUUUUUUUUUAAACCAAGCUGGACUGUUUUAUUUUAAUAUAAUCAUGUGAUUGACUUUGCAGAUUUAGUUUGUGGCCCGAGUUUAAACAAAAAUAUAUUUGAUUCUGAACCUCUGAUUCUUUUUGUGUCUGCUUUAGACACCGCGUCCUAAACUCCAGAUUAUUUAUUCUGCCUUGGUGUCAUUCCACCUGUGCUUUACUCACCUUUAACUCUGAAAAGCCUCUUGUCGUGUACUGCUCUCCUGUUCGAUUACUGAACCGAUUUACAGCCAUAAUUGUAUAAACGUCAGUUUGAUCUGGUUUUGUAGGGCUGCGGUGAACAUAACUUGCAACUGUGUUUACUGUCAAUUACUUUAAAAAAAUUUCUUCUGAAGUAAGUUUUAGAAUGUAAAUACUUGUGUACAUAUACAUAACUGGACAUUUAAAUUACGUAGACUUCUUUUCCCCCUCCCGCUCCUCUAAGCUGAUAUCUUAUUUUAUACUAUAUUUCUGAUUUGUUUGAGGAAAAAAACAAAAAUAUAAAAAAAAAACAAUGGCAAGAGGAAAAAAAAAUGUUUGUACCCGUUUUGAGAACGUAGUCUCUGGUUACGUGUAAAUAGUUGUAUCUG